CAGUUUGAUCAGUUUUCAAUUUGGCUGGAGCACCCUUUCUCAUUCGUAGUGAUUAUCAUCAAAAAUUCAUAAUUAUGCCAGACGUCAUGAGGCAGGAUCCCACUCUCGACAUCGAUUUAAGAUUACAAGGAGAUAAAAUCAGGUUGGAGUCGAGGCCUUCGUCGCGAGGGAGCUCCGCCUCAUCUAAAUCUGCCUACUUGGUUCAAGGCCCUUCGAGGCCUCUCUCAGCCGUCCCCAAUUUGACUCUCUACGAAGACAAGAGAGAUUACGAAACGAUAAGAUCCCAUCGACCCUAUUCAGCAGACAAUGCGAGAGAAUGCGAAAAUAAAUUGAGCUCUAAUUCGAGUUUGGAAAGUAUUUCAGAAAUAGAUAAAGAUUUACCAUCCACCGAGUUGUUGCGUUCGUUGAUAUCCGAACCUAUUGUAUCUUGGAGGGAUGGUAUGAAACAUGUCCACAGAAUAAAAAAUACGAAACCAUCUUCAUCGGAUCUACAACCAGGUUUAAAAUCGAAACCACCAAUUCCACCAAAAAAGGUAACACUGGAAGAAUAUAAUGGACAAGAGCCCUCUAAGUACCAUAAUUGGUUAGAUGAAAGCCUCAUUGCUGAACAAAGAACAGAUGCUAUUUUGGAUAAACUAAAGUUAGAAAAUAUUGAGGGUAUUAUUGAUUACUAUGAAGAUGAAAGCAUUGUUUCAAAAAAUAGUCCAAAAUAUUCUACUGGAUUUACAGUAAAAUUUAAUACUGGCGGAAUAGAUUACUCCAAAACCCUGAGAACGACAAAGAAUCACUGA